AUGGCGACUCUUUGUAAGAAAUGUCGUUUGGAUAAGUGUUUUGUCGUCGGAAUGAAAACUAGUUUGUUUUAUUCGGACGAAGAAAUUCAGUUAAGAAACACUAUUAUAGCGGGGAAUAGGAAACGAAAACACGGGUCUAUAGCCGAGAGCACACCUGUAGUCGAUUUGCCUCAACUGUCAGACCUGUCCAGCGAUUCAUUGCCAUCGAGUACUCAAAGCGAAGACAUUUUAAACUUAAGAAAGAAUAAUGAGAGUAAAAUUAAUUGCAAUCAGAAAAAUACUAAUAUCGCAAUCAAUGACUUAAUCACAUCAGUUGUGCCAAUUGUGCGACCGAUCAGUGAUUACAGCAAUACUUUCAAUGAAUUAGAAGGCAAUCGAUUGACUGAAUUGUUGUCUGCCGUCAAGUGUUUUGAACAUCAAAUUGUGAACAAUAAUAACAACAAUUACAUUGACAACCCUUUCGAGGCAUUGAAUAUAAUAGUGUGCGAAAUUGACAAUAGGAUUAAGAGGGCAAUAAAUAUGUCCAAACAAUUACAUAGUUUCAAUAGUAUUUGUGAAAACGAUCGCUUAAUUUUGAUUAAAAACUCUGCCCUUCAGAUCGAUAUAUUGAGACUGAAAAAUGACACAUCAUAUUCUGUAAAAUUGGAUCUAUUUGAAAAGUUUCAUCUAUUGCCUAAUUCGGCUAAUUUCUAUACCUAUCACAAGAGUUUCUUGGUGAAUAUUGGUCUCGAUUGGGAAUCAGAUAUCUUAAUCAUUAAUUUGGUUAUCAUUUUAGAGCAUUUAGUUGUGCAUCAUGACACAUUUUAUUGUUAUUUGGGAAACAGUUGUGAGAUAACUGUUGAUAAUAGGAAACAUUGCAAAAAGUGUCGUUUGGAUAAGUGUUUGGCCGCCGGUAUGGAAACGAGUUUAAUAUACAAUGAAAAGCAAAGAGAUAUUCGCAAACAGAUUGUGACUGAAAACAGAAAACGCAAAGCCAUGGCCGGGAGGGCACACCCAAUGGUCGACAUAACCACCGAUUUAUCGCAAGAAUCGUUGUUUAAUUCAGAUUUAAUUGUUUUGACUGAUUCUUCAGACAAUGACAGUCACAAUAUUCAUGCCAUGAAUGAUAUGAUCACAGAAUCGGGAGAUUCACUACAAAAUCAAUUGAUAAACGCAUACGAGUUGUCAAUCAUGAGACCCAUCACUGAUUACAGCAAUCAAUUCAAUGAAUUAGAGAGCAAUCGAUUGUGUGAACUGUUGGACGCCCUGAAGGUCUAUCAAACUCCGGUCGCAAUCACUGAUCGCAUAUGUAUUGACAGAUUGGUCGACACUUUACCCAUACUUACCCACAAAAAUGAGACUCAAAUUAAACACGUGGUAAAGUUGUCUAAAUGCCUGAAUGCGUUCACCACUCUUUGCCAAAGCGAUCAAAUAGUUUUGGUUAAGUAUUCAUCGAUUGAGAUCGAGAUCUUGCGAAUGAAUAACAAAUUAUACGAAAUAAAAUUGGAUUUAUUCAGAGAGUUUGCGAGAAUAGGAAAGCCUGAUAUCUAUAUUUUGCAUUUAAUUAACGAUAACGUGAAUAAUGUGAUGAAAGACACGGACUUGAGUUCAGUACCACUUUUUAAGGAGAUUUGCGACAGGAAUUGA